AUGGCUGACGCCGAAUCCUCGGCUUCCAUCGAGCCCCAGGCUCGUCAUGUCACAUACUGUGGCGUGUGCACCCUGCCGCCCGAGUACUGCGAGUAUGGCGGCACCGUCAAGAAAUGCCAGGACUGGCUAGAAAAGAACCACCCUGCCAUGUACGCCAGGAUAUGGUCGCCUGAAGCCUUAGCAGCCGCGACUGCCUCGCUGUCCGUGGAAGCCCAGAAGCGCGCCGAGAAGGAUGCUCAGAAGAAGACCGCAAAAGCCGAGGCCGCCGAGGCCAAGCAGGCCGACAAGCGCGCACAUAGCACCGUCAUCAUCAAGCGCAUCGAGAGAAACAAGAAGAAGUUCGUGACGGCCGUGUCCGGCUUGGAGGCGUUCGACCUAGAUCUGAAGAAGGUUGCGAAGGAGUUUGGCAAGAAGUUCGCCACGGGCUCAUCUGUCACGAAAGUGGCCAGUGGCGGCGAAGAAAUCGUCGUCCAGGGUGACGUAAGUGACGAGAUUGAAGAGUUUCUACUGGAGAAGUACAAGCAGAUACCCGAGGACAACAUCGAGUUCAUAGAUGACAAGGCAAAGAAGAAGGCAGCCGCCGCCGCCGCAGCAGCAGCAGCAGGCUAA